AUUUCUCCCGCCCGCGAUGGAUCUUGCCACGUUGAAUACGGCGACACUGGCGCAGAACGCGAUCAUCGGCCUCCUAACGUACGUGAGUGUGUGGAUCAUCUACGCGCGAUGGUUCCAUCCUCUCUCAAGGUUUCCUGGCCCGUUUUGGGCUUCCGUGUCGCGAGUCUGCACCAUUCUCCAUGUCCUCCCUGGCGAUUCCGAAAAAACGCAGAGGAAAUUGCAUGAUAAAUACGGACCCAUUGUGCGCAUCGCACCGAAUGAAUUGGUGACCAGCGAUCCGCAAGCAGUCAAAACGCUCUACGGCGUCAAGUCGUCCACUGCAAAGACCGACUUCUAUCUAGCUUUCCGACCACCCUGGGCGCGAUAUCCAGACCACUUCUCCUCUGCUGGCGGAAAGCAGCACGCUGACCGUCGGCGGAUUGUGACAAAUGUCUACUCAAUGACCAGUAUCCUCCAGUCGGAGCAGUAUAUUGAGAAGUGCAUCGACAUUUGGAUCAAGAAGCUGGGGGAUAUGGCCGAUCGGAAGGAAUCAUUUGACCUGUGGUUAUGGACUCGAAUGUACGCCUAUGAUGUCGUCGGCGAGCUUUACUUUAGCAAGAUGUUUGGCUUCCUUGAAGAAGGCGGCGACCAUCUGGGAUACAUCCAGGCUGUGGACGACUUGAUCCCUAUCCAGUUCCUGGCUGCAAACAUGCCAACUUAUAUCCGUGGCCUGUUCAUGCUUACGGGGAUACUCUUCUCGAAAGUGCGUCGUGCAUUAAAAGCCCUGGGCGAUUUGACCGAUGCAACAAAUGCAAUGCUGAAAAGUCGACUGGCGGCCCUCGACUCAGUGUCUACAAAACCACAACGAGCGGACAUUCUGGGGAAACUGCUAGACAUCUCCCGCAAGGAUGGGGAGAGACUUGAUUUUAUUCUGGACGACAUCAAAAUGGAGGCCUUUGGUGCAUUCUUUGCAGGAAGCGAAACAACAGCCCUGACCCUCUCUGGGAUCCUUUACCAUAUCCUGCGUGACCCUCGGGUUUAUGCAAAACUCACUGCUGAAAUCGAUGCCGCGGUGCAGUCAGACCAGCUCACGAUCCCGAUUACAUAUAACGAGGCCAGUAAGCUCCCAUACCUGACUGCCUGCAUCAAAGAAGGAAUCCGCAUGCACCCUGUAACAGGAGUUUCAUUCCCACGACAUGCACCGCCAUCUGGAUGCCAGAUCGGCGGGCACUGGGUUCCUGGGAAUGCCAGGAUUGGUGUCAACCCGGCCAUUGUCCAAUUUGACAAGACGGUUUUCGGCGACGAUGCAGAUGUCUUCAGGCCUGAGCGCUGGAUAGAAGGGGAUGCAGUCGAGAUGGAUCGGUAUAUUAUGCAUUUUGGCAUGGGAUCGAGGACUUGUCUAGGGAAGCAUAUUGCCAUGUGUGAAGUCUACAAGGCCAUUCCGCGCCUUUUAAUUUCCUUUGCCCUGGAACUUGCGAGUGAUGAGAUGCAUACGACUUCAUAUUGGCUGCAUAAGCCGGUUGCCAUUGAUGUCAAGGUUCGGCGGCGAAGUUAGGGUACUAUGAAAUAUGAUAUGUUCGAUAGUGGUUAUAGCAGUCUGGAAACGCAUUAUUCCCAUUUGACUUUGUCCAGUUCUUACCCAUUGCUGAUCGUGCAAUGUCAUAAUGGCUGUGAAGGAGAGGUAUCGCAGGUGUUAAAAUAGGUCCGAAAGCGUGUCAAAAUACAUCUUCGGCACGAUAAGCCCUUUCAUAUGAGGCGUCAUCGAGAUAGCUGUAUCAUUAGCGUGCCUAUAGAUAGGUAGGUACGUGGGCGAG